UCCAACCACACUAGGCUACAUCUACGCGGGUUCUUCUGACGUCAUCCCGGUAUAUUCCCUUUCGCCAAUAAAACAUUUUCUCAGUGAGUUCUUUGCUGCGGUAGCCACUCGCGUGAUGGUGACCAAUGAAUCGCAUUACAUUUAACAAUGUAUUACAAACCAAGCUUGUUAACGGGAGUCUGUUUAUCCUAUUAAUCUACUCUAUCCCAUUAACCUGCUGAUUUGGCGCCGGUGGAUGGAUAACUGGCCUACCGGGACUGGUAAUUUGGAAGUUGUGGAAAAGACAAAGGUAUCAAUUUAGUUGGGAGGAAAUUAUCAUUGUGAUUUGAUGGAUACCCAAUGCAUUAUUAAUAACGGAUUAAUAGGCAUUAAAAGAAUGGUUCCAAUGAAAUAGUAUUCAUUUUAUGAGAUCAUAUUUGACCAAAGACCUGAUGAAGGAAUUUGCCAGGACCAGCAUGACUACAGCGGGGAUGGAUCUGCGUUUGCUGAGAGCGCCCCAAACAACCAUCGCAAUUUUGCCAACUCUGAGCUUCACGGAAAAUGACACCAGCUGCGGGGAGCAGAUUCUUAGCCACGGGAAUGUGGAGAAGGUGCUUAUCGGAGGAGUUCUCACUGUGCUCACUUUGUUCACUAUUUGCGGGAACUUACUUGUGGUGAUAUCCGUGUGCUUUGUGAAGAAGCUGAAACAGCCUUCCAAUUAUCUAAUUGUCUCUCUGGCGGUGGCAGACCUGUCCAUAGCGGUGGCGGUGAUGCCCUUUGUCAGCAUCACGGACCUCAUCGGGGGGCAGUGGAUCUUCGGACAGGUGUUCUGCAACGUUUUCAUUGCCAUGGACGUGAUGUGUUGCACUGCUUCGAUCAUGACCCUGUGUGUAAUAAGCAUAGACAGGUACCUAGGCAUAACUAAACCCUUGACCUACCCUGUGCGACAGAGUGGGAGAUGCAUGGCGAAAGUAGUUCUGUCUGUGUGGCUGCUGUCUGCUUCCAUCACCCUGCCCCCGUUGUUCGGCUGGGCCCAGAACGUCAACGAUGACAAGGUGUGUCUGAUCACCCAAGACGUGGGCUACACCAUCUAUUCCACCGCCGUUGCAUUCUACAUCCCCAUGUCGGUGAUGUUGAUGAUGUACUACCGCAUCUACCGAGCAGCCAAGGUGAGCGCCGCCAAGCACACCAUCCAAGGCUUUCCCAAGGCGGAGGACGAGCGUAACAGUGUUGACUGCGUGGCCGCGGCCUUUAAGCUCCAGAAGGAGGUGGAGGAGUGUGCCAGUUUCUCUCGUCUGCUUAAAAACGACAGGAAAAACAUCUCCAUCUUCAAGCGGGAGCAGAAGGCGGCCGCUACGUUGGGGAUCGUUGUGGGGGCCUUCUCUGUCUGCUGGCUGCCCUUCUUCCUGAUGUCCACGGCCAGGCCCUUCAUCUGUGGGGUAGAAUGUAGCUGCGUUCCCCUCUGGGUGGAAAGGUUUCUCCUCUGGCUGGGCUACGCCAACUCCCUCAUCAACCCAUUCAUCUAUGCCUUCUUCAACAGGGACCUGAGGACCACCUACCGUAACAUCUUGCUCUGCAGGUACAGGAACAUUAACCGCAAACUCUCCGCCGCCUGCAUGCACGAGGCCAUCAAACUGGCUGAGAGACCGGAUCUGGAGAUCUAGAACAGUGUUUCUUAAACUUCUCUAACACUUUGCUACACAAGGACCGGCAAACUAUGGUUUAGAUCAGGGUGUCAAACAUUCGACUGCGGCCUGUGGGUGGUUUGAGUAAAAAAAAAAAAAACUCAAUGUAGUGAUAAUGGACUUACAUUUUUACAGUCUCUUCACUCUGUCCAUCUUGUUAACAAUCAUCAAAACGAAAGCCUAACAGUCAGGGACCAUCAAAAUUACAAAAAUGAGGUGCAAAAUGAGUUUGACACCCCUGGUUUAAAUGAAAACUUGGGCUUGACAUAUGACUAAAUUGGAGCAGACAACCAUCUGUGGUCCACAGGUCCACAGACCAGGGUUUGAAAAACACUACUCUAGACUGAGGAAUCCUAUUCCGUUCAUGAGUAGAGAAGGCUACAUGCAUGUGUAUAGAAUAACUGACAUUAUUGUUAAUACCUGGCACACACAAGAACAUUAGAUCCACAUCUUGUCAGGUUAUACACAGUACAUUCAUUUCACUUAAAGAGUUCAUUUUAACACUACCUUAGAUAACAUAUAGUCCCACUCUACAGAGUGUAAAAAGUACUCUGAUUGUAGUGUUACAUUUUGAGUGUUAAUGUAACAAUUCAUAUUAUAAAAUAUUAACAUUGCAUUUCACGUGCCACUGUUACAGUGAUUUUGGGUGUUGUUUUAACACUAUUUGGUGUAAAAGCUAAAUUUGCAUAUUUCCCAUGGUGCCUUUUCUUUUCAAUUGAAUUGUAGCGUUACCACCCAUGACUAUAUUUGUUAGUGACAAAGACAUGGUUGUUGAAUUCUUUCCUUUUAAAGACCUGUUAUAAUAAAAAAUUUAACUUUAUGACAAUAGAUUACAUAUAUCAUAAGGCUUUAAUUUGCUAACAAAUCCUAACUCGCUAACAAUUGCUUUACAAAUUACAGGCCACAUCAGGCCUGCAAGUCCCAUUAUGCUGACUGGCAAAGGGAUGUAUAAUUCCUUUUUUAAAUUCAGCCAGUUAGUAUAUUCAACAGUUGGAAUUUCUAUUUACCCUCAACCUGCAUUCAGAAUGACUACCAGGGUUAGCAACCUGGUCUCAGAGCAUUUCGGAUUAUUCUGUAUGUAAAUCUGAGACACGCCGUUUAGUAUGAUAUGUUACGUUUGAUAUGGUUACAUAAGACAGAUGGUUAGUUAAUGUGGGUUUAUAACACGGGAUGAGUGGGCGUAAAACAUGAAUAUAAGGAAACCUAAACAACUUUGCAACAACAUAGCAUGUUUGCUAACCCUUCAGCUAACCCUAACACUAACUUUAACCCUUUAACCUAACUCCUAAACCUUAACCCUAACCCCUAGCCUAGUUAACGUUAGCCAUCUAGCUAGAAUUCAUAUCAUACAUUUUUCAAAUUUGUAACAUCUGGUACAUUUUUCAAAUUCGCAACAUAUAAUACGAAUUGUAAUUUGUAACACAUAAUAUGAACUGGGUGAUGGACAUCCACAAAUGAAUACAUAACAUAUGGAAUGCAACCUAUCAUACCAAAUGUGUGCCUCAGAUACAGAAUAAUACAAAAGAGUUCAAUCAAAUCAAAUUUCAUUGGUCACAUACACAUGUUUAUCAAAUGUUAUUGUGGGUGUAGCAAAAUGCUUGUGUUUGGUCUUAGACCAGGUUGGGGUUAGGAGCUAUAAAAAAAAAAUUGUUUAAAAGGAGACUACCUAAACCAUGUGGACUGGAACAACCAUUUCACUAAUGAGUGCAAUAAAUCAAACUAAUUGAUUGGAUUAGUUUAGAAACAUGUAUGUUAUUUAUCUUGUAUAGCAUAAGAUUAAUAAAUCAAUCAAUGUACAUGCAAAAACAGAUAUUAAAACAAUCCAACAAAAAAAAGUACCUGCAUAGCAUGCUGGGAAAUAUGAUAAUGAUAGUUGUGGUUUUGAUGGUACUGGUUUCCUAUCCACAGUGUAAAACAAUAACUCUGGUUAUUAACACUAACACUGGGGUUAUUUUACACCAAUGAGUGUUAAUUUCACUCUAACAAAGGGAAUUUAAAGGUGCAUUAUGCAGAAAUUGUUCCACCUUUUCCUGGUUGCUAAAAAUAUUGUGUUUGAAGCUGGUGUACAAAACCAAACGUGAAAAACCAAAAAUCAAAUCUUAAAAAUGGGAAGCAUGAAAAUAUUUGGUCAUGUCGCCCAACAAGUUACAUGUUCCAGCUUUAACUCCUGAAACUAUUGUGUGCUGUAGCUUGGAAAAUAAAUAAAUAGGACUCUGGAUGACAACAUAAUGAUGUUUGUUUCCAACAUUAGGGCUGUUUUCCUAAAACAGUUAAAUACGGUUUGUGUUUUGUUUCCUUGCCAAGAUACUAACGAGUAUUGUGAUACUAACGAGUAUCGUCCCGGCCCUAACUGAAAUGCACAUAACAUUUGUAGAUAACAUAGCACACUAUUGUAUUUGAUGACAGGGCAAAUAAUAGUCUACGAUUGUAAUAUAUCUCUGUGUAUUUGGUACUUGAAAUUGAAAUCAUUCUCAGUGCAUAAAGUUUGUGUGAGUAAUGUACUUGGUAAAAAAAAAAAUGUCAGAGUUUAACAGCAUCCGACACAGAUGGUGAGUCAUGCUUCCAGUUGUGUAUUGAGUAACAGGUAAAUUAUUCAUUUUAUUGUGUGUUCAAGGAACAACCUUCGAAACCAUGUGAAAUUGUAAUUAUUAUGUAUAGAAUGUUGACCAAUAUCAGAAAGUCAUGCAAGACAAUCAUGUUAUAGUAACCUACUUAUAUCUGAAUAGUAUGACAGUUGUUGAUAUGGACGUUUGGUUAAAUUUACCAUGUACGUUUGUUUAUUUGCUCAUUUAUAUUAGCUUUUUUCGACUUGUGUGAUAACAGGAAGGAACACGUUGCACACUAUGUACUGAUGUGUUGAUUAACAUUUUUGGUAGCCUUUUUUUUUUUUGCCUGAUAGUUUUGCGUUUGAAAUGGUUUAUAUUUUACAUCAAUACACUAGGUCAA